GGGCGGUGCAGGCACCUGGCUGCGCUUGCGCAGAACUCCCCCCGAAGGGCCUUAUUUAGGUUGCGCAGGCGCCCGUUGGCCAUUUCUCCUCAGCCGCGCCGGAGUCGUUCGUGUCGUCUGUCUCGACUCGAGAUCCUGCUGGAGACGAUGAUGUUGGGCACCGAAGGCGGAGAGGGGUUCGUGGUGAAGGUGCGGGGCUUGCCCUGGUCUUGCUCGGCCGACGAGGUGCAGCGGUUCUUCUCCGACUGCAAAAUUCAAAAUGGGGCUCAAGGUAUUCGUUUCAUCUACACCAGAGAAGGCAGACCAAGUGGCGAGGCUUUUGUUGAACUUGAAUCAGAAGAUGAAGUCAAAUUGGCCCUGAAAAAAGACAGAGAAACUAUGGGACACAGAUAUGUUGAAGUAUUCAAGUCAAACAACGUUGAAAUGGAUUGGGUGUUGAAGCAUACUGGUCCAAAUAGUCCUGACACGGCCAAUGAUGGCUUUGUACGGCUUAGAGGACUCCCCUUUGGAUGUAGCAAGGAAGAAAUUGUUCAGUUCUUCUCAGGGUUGGAAAUCGUGCCAAAUGGGAUAACAUUGCCGGUGGACUUCCAGGGGAGGAGUACGGGGGAGGCCUUCGUGCAGUUUGCUUCACAGGAAAUAGCUGAAAAGGCUCUAAAGAAACACAAGGAAAGAAUAGGGCACAGGUAUAUUGAAAUCUUUAAGAGCAGUCGGGCUGAAGUUAGAACUCAUUAUGAUCCACCACGAAAGCUCAUGGCCAUGCAGCGACCAGGUCCCUACGACAGGCCUGGGGCUGGCAGAGGGUAUAACAGCAUUGGCAGAGGAGCUGGCUUUGAGAGGAUGAGGCGUGGUGCUUAUGGCGGAGGCUAUGGAGGCUAUGAUGAUUAUAAUGGCUAUAAUGAUGGCUAUGGAUUUGGGUCAGAUAGAUUUGGAAGAGACCUCAAUUACUGUUUUUCAGGAAUGUCCGAUCACAGAUACGGGGAUGGUGGUUCAACUUUCCAGAGCACAACUGGGCAUUGUGUACACAUGCGGGGAUUACCUUACCGAGCUACUGAGAAUGACAUCUAUAAUUUUUUUUCACCACUCAACCCCGUGAGAGUACACAUUGAGAUUGGUCCUGAUGGGAGAGUAACUGGUGAAGCAGAUGUUGAAUUUGCAACUCACGAAGAUGCUGUUGCAGCUAUGUCGAAAGAUAAAGCAAAUAUGCAACACAGAUAUGUAGAACUCUUCUUGAAUUCUACAGCAGGAGCAAGCGGUGGUGCUUACGGUAGCCAAAUGCUAGGAGGCAUGGGUUUGUGUAAAUAUCACUUUAGUGUCUUUUUUUUUAAGCUAACCUUAUAUGCCUUUUCUCUCAUUUCAGAACACAGAUAUGUAGAACUCUUCUUGAAUUCUACAGCAGGAGCAAGCGGUGGUGCUUAUGGUAGCCAAAUGAUGGGAGGCAUGGGCUUGUCAAACCAGUCCAGUUACGGUGGCCCAGCCAGCCAGCAGCUGAGUGGUGGCUACGGAGGCGGCUAUGGCGGCCAGAGCAGCAUGAGCGGAUAUGACCAAGUUUUACAGGAAAACUCCAGUGAUUUUCAAUCAAACAUUGCAUAGGCAGCCAAGGAGCAGUGAACAGCAGCUACUACAGUAGUGGAAGCCAAGCAUCUGUGGGCGUGAACGGAGUGGGAGGGGUGUCUAGCAUGUCCAGUAUGAGUGGUGGAUGGGGGAUGUAAUUGAUCCUGAUCACUGACUCUUGGUCAACUUUUUUUAAAGGAAAAAACAAAUCUUAGUUUAACAGUUUUUGCAAUCCAAGCUUGAGAUUUAUGAUAACUCUUAUCAGGAAAUGAGGAUUGUUUUAAAGACUCAAGGUUCAGUAUUUUUGAACACAAGUUAUCCAGGAUGUAACAUCAAGAUUAAGUAAACUAUAACUGUUAAACACUUUUCAGCUUUUCUCAAAGUAGUUAUAUUGUAGGAUGUACUUAAGCAGUAAGUGUAUUUAGGUUAAAGCAGUUGAAUUAUGUUAAAUGUUGCUCUUAUAUCACAUGGAACACUGUUGGGAAGCAUGUUGAAAGACAUGCUGUUUUGUAAAAUUCAAUAUAGGAGCUGUGUCUACAAUUACAGUGAAACAUUUGGCAUGUUUGUUAAUUCUAGUUUCAUUUAAUAACCUGCAAGGCACGUAAGUUUAAGCUUUUUUUUUUUUUUUUUUAAAGUUAAUGGGGAAAUUGAGAUGCAAUACCAAUCAAUACCUUAGGAUUUGGUCUUGGUGUUUGUAUGAAAUUCUGAGGCCUUGAUUUAAAUCUCAUUGUGAUUUCCUUUCAGGUGUAUUGCGCUUAAGUGAAACUUGUCAAAUAAAUCUUUUACAAACUGCA